AUGUUCCGCACGCAACAAAACGCCUUCGAUGAUGCCGUUGCCAAGGCGACGGACGAGAACUUGACUUCGGAAAACUGGGAGUUUAUUCUUGAUGUUUGCGACAAGGUCGGCAGCGAGGAUACCGGAGCGAAAGAUGCUGUGGCUGCAAUGAUAAAACGGCUCGCCCACAGGAAUGCCAAUGUGCAACUUUACACCCUUGAACUUGCCAAUGCGCUUUCGCAAAAUUGCGGCGUUAAAAUGCACCGUGAGCUCGCGUCGAGAAGCUUUACAGAUGCCCUACUACGACUUGCAAAUGAUCGGAAUACCCACCAACAAGUGAAGGCGAAGAUUCUAGAAAGAAUGGAAGAAUGGACAGAGAUGUUUUCGAGCAAUUCUGACUUCGGAAUUAUGGAGCAAGCAUAUAUGAAACUCAAGUCGCAGAACCCGAAUCUCCAACCGCCGUCCAAGCCAACAAAGCGACAAAUCACCGAACUUGAUAGACAGAAGGAGGAAGAGGAACUUCAAAUGGCACUCGCACUGUCCAUUAAAGAUAAACCUUCUUCUCCCACUGCCCAAAACAAAACAGCCACCCAACCUUCUGCCAGCGAAACCAACAAAACCCAGCCUGCACCCUCCCAGCAUGUCCCAUCUGGAACGACUGCAGCGACUGUAUCUCGCGUUAGAGCUUUGUAUGACUUUCAGCCCUCCGAACCCGGAGAACUCCAGUUUCGCAGGGGUGAUGUUAUUGCAGUCCUCGAAUCUGUUUACAAGGACUGGUGGAAGGGAUCUUUGCGCGGCCAGACCGGCAUUUUUCCCCUAAACUACGUUGAAAAACUUUCAGACCCAACCCAAGAGGAACUCCAAAGAGAAGCGCAAAUGGAAGCUGAAGUGUUCGCAGAGAUUAAAAAUGUGGAGAAGCUUCUAACACUUUUGAGCACCAGCAACUCAGAGCUCAAUGUCCAGGAGAACGAGGAAAUCACAACCCUUUACCAUUCAACUCUUGCUAUACGACCAAAACUCAUUGAGCUGAUUGGUAAAUACUCACAGAAGAAGGAUGACUUCACGCAACUGAAUGAGAAGUUCAUCAAAGCUCGUAGGGACUACGAGUCUUUGCUUGAGGCAUCGAUGGCUCAUCCGGCUCAGCCGCAUUACGGACGUCCUCACCAGACCUUAUACGGCUAUCCAGCGCAAAGUGGUCCCCAGGCAUAUCCCCACGGAGCUCUACCACAGGACCCCCAGCGUUACUAUACCCCCCACCCUCAAGACACUUCAAAACCUAUUCAGCCCAGUCAAGUCCCGUUCUACGGGUCCGAACAAUCCCAACUACCCUACCCAACUAACACCCAGACGCCCGAUCCUCGACAACGAACACCCACUGGCGCGCACCCGGUAAAACAACAUCAACAACAUGUUCCACCGGAUUCCUACGGAACAAACGGCCUCGUUCACCACCGCCCCCAGAAUGCCCCUGAUCACCCUCAGGAGCUUGGUACAUCGGUAUAUGAUUCCCCUCAAGAGAACGCACCACCAAAUAUCCGGCACUCUUACCACCUACCUGUGCAUCAGGCUCGACUGUCCGUUGCGCAGCAGCAGCAGCCGCAAUUACAACAAUCAAAUGACUUUGCCUCCCCAAAUUACUCCGCCGAUGAAAUCCCACAACUACUACCCCAACCACAAACUGUAAAUCCGCCCUAUCCCACUCAGUCACAGCCCCCACAAGUCGUCCAGCAACAACAUCAACUUUCCCAGAACUCUCCUAGCCAACCUGCUCAAGCGCCUCCUCCUAUGCCAUCUAGCAGCCCAGUUCAACUUCCGUACCCCAGUCUUUCUGCUGGGGUGAGACCAGGGCAAACUAGUGGUGGGUACCAAACCUAUCAGGUGCCUGGCGUGAAUCAUCCAAGCUCACCGAACACCGAACCAAGUUCUUUUUAUCGGUAA